CCGCCAUCGUAUGUCUUUCUUGGGGCUGUCCUCUUGCAAUUCAACAUCAAAUAAUAAUCUUCCGUCUUCCGACUUCCACUUCAACUACGAGUCUUUCCAUUUGCUCUGUUUGUCGCUCUCUCCUCUCUUUCUUUCACCGACUUCUCUCCUCUUUCACGACACUGGAACUUGCCAGAACCAACAUCAAGUGGCCCUUCCUUCGUCGUCUGCGAAUUGUCACAAGCUGCUUGUCUUCCCCGCGUUUCCCUCAACCACUGAGGUUCCUUCGUUUCAUCAAAGAAGACUCCACCUCUCUGGAGUUGCAGCGCCCUUUCUUUGAUAUGGUCACUGCAAUGCUCCGCGCCCGCCAUGCGGUCAUAUCCCCUAGAAACUGGACCCUUUCUCCUCAGUUCCAAAAUCGUAUGCUUUCACUCGCUCGAGUGGCUGAUCCCCUCGACUUCCCAACUCAACACACGCCGGCGCUUGUUAUCGCUCCACCCUAGUCUAGUGUUCCUUUCAUCCUCUAGGUUGCCUCCUUUUCCGGCUCUUGGGCUACUAGUGUAGUCUAACGGUCUCACUGAUGGAUUGAUGGAUUUCCUAAAAAUGCCGCUCCUUUUUCUUCCGUUAUCUGCAGGUUUCAAAUAAUUCCCUGGUUCUUUUCUCUUCUACCCCCUGAUGUGAAACAUCACAUUCUUGCUCUUUCUGCACAGUCUUGGACCGGCAACAAAGACUGAGCGUGCCAGCACACGGCCAACCACUUCCACACACUGCACUGACUCAGGGCACACAGCAGCAGACACACAUACGCACACACACACACCCACAAACCCGACAGGCGCGAGCAUUGCGCAACCCUACCUACCUCUACUUACCUCAGACCACUCAGACCCCCUCAGCUGGCACGGUCCUUUUGUUGAUCCUUUCGUCCUCUGACGUCCCCUGCCGCUCCAUUCUUGCCAAGUCGAACCUUGUUCUCCUUCAUUUCCCGAUGGCGACUCCCUCAGCUCCUUCCUCUUCUCUUCCUCCUCCUAAACCCCAGCAGUCGUCAUCCGCUUCCUCUCCUCUUUCUCCUCCUUCUUCCAUUCUCAUCAUCGGCUCUGGCGUCUUUGGCUUGACCACCGCCUAUGCCCUUUCUCGCCGUCAUGACUUCGUCAACACCACCAUCACCGUCGUAGACAGGGCCGACCCGUCUAACCCAGACGUCUUCCCCGCUCCCGACGCUGCCAGUGUCGACACCAGCCGCAUCAUCAGAGCCGACUAUCCCGAUGCUGCCUACGCUGCCCUAGCCGCCGAAGCUCAGCUUCAAUGGCGUCAACAAACCCACCCCGAUGACCUCGGGUCAGAAGGACGUUACUCCGAGAGUGGCCUGCUCGUGGUCGCUGACGGACCAGCUCCUCCACCGGGAACACCAGUGGCACCUGGCACCAGCGUCAUCGACAAGUCCAAGCUUACAGGCAUGGACUACGCCCGCUUUAGCUGGGCCAACGUGCUCUCGCUCGCCUCCAGUGACCCCGAGCUUGCCGCCCGAAUCAAGGAGUGCCCCAACACCGACGCCAUCAAGGCAGCCCUGGGCACCGGCGGCUCCUCCGGCUCCUGGGGCUACAUCAACGGUCUGUCCGGCUGGGCCAACGCCGGUGCCUCCAUGGCCUGGCUCUACAAGCGCGUCAGAGCUGAGGGCCGUAUCAACUUUGUCGCCGGCGAAGUGACCAAUCUUGAAGUGUCUGGUAACACCGUUACCGGCGCCCGACUUUCAGACGGCCGCGUCCUCUCCGCCGACCUCGUCAUGGUUUCCGCUGGUGCCUGGACCGGCCGUCUCGUCGACCUGACAGGACAAGCCAUCGCCACUGGCCAAGUGCUCGGUUACAUUGACCUCACGCCCGAGGAAGAGGCUCAGCUGGCCCACAUGCCCGUCAUCCUCAACCUCUCCACAGGCCUCUUCGUCAUCCCACCCAGGAACGGCGUUCUCAAGGUCGCCCGGCAUGCCUACGGCUACCUGAAUCCCACGACCUUGUCCGUCCCACCGCUCGCGUCUUUCGUCACCACACCGGCAGCGGCUGUGUCUCUUCCUUUGACCACCCUCACAGACCCAACGCUGCAAAUUCCCACCGAAGGCGCCGAUGACCUCCGCCGCGCUUUACAUGAGAUGGUACCCCUCCCCUCGCUCCGCGACCGACCCUUUAGCAAGACUCGCAUUUGCUGGUAUUCGGAUACCCCGACGGCGGACUUCAUCGUCGACUACCACCCCAAAUACAAGGGCCUGUUUGUGGCUACGGGCGAUAGUGGGCAUGCGUUCAAGUUCCUGCCGGUCAUUGGCGAGAAGAUUGCCGAUGUCAUCGCCGGUCAGUGUCCGCCAGAGUUCGUGGGCAAGUGGAACUGGAGGUAUCCCGCUAGCGAUGCUGCCAUCAAGACCGUGAUCACGGAGGAUGGUAGCCGUGGCGGAGUCCCAGGACUGAUCUUGUCUACGGAGUUGGAAAGGACAUCGGCUGUACUCAACUAAGAGGGGCACACCAACUACGGAGGGGCAAAGAAAUGUUCACAUGCAGUGGAUUGGUACGUUAACCCACGAAACAAAACGAACGCAACACACACUGCGUCGUCAUAAAUGCCAAGCAAAGUUGCACCUCUCCCUAUGUAGCGGGAUGGUUGCGCAAGUGAGAAUAACUCCCACCCGCCAGAGUUUUUGUUCCUACUGCGACCCCUUUGGACCUGUCGGCUGAUAUUUUUUGUCAUGCCAGACUUGAUCUCGGGUAUCGGUAGUGGUUAUUUUAAUGUUUUUCUUCAGGUGACCAACUCAAACGUCAACCCGCAGAAAGCCAACCUCCUUCUCCUUCAUCUUUCGCAGUGACCCCCUGUUUCCUUCAUUCCCCAGGUUAGGUCCCUCAUCUGCCAUUAGAAGUGGGUAUGUGAGGAGAAGAUGUGAUGGAAAAAAAAAAGGGAUGUGAACGGCAAUCGACCUGCGCAACAUUGCCGCCGACAACAUCAACCCGCUAGCGCGUGGUAUUUGUGUCAUUUGUGUCGCCAGUCAACACUACAAUUGACCACUCUCCUUUUCUCCCCCCAACGCGCGAUCUGCUCUAUGGCUGUUUUAUGAAUCGCCGAGAGGGAAAUGACCGCCCCGACUUGAAAUAACGUAGCAAGAAUACCGCUCUUUCUUCCUUCUUUGUCGAACCUGAACGCCGCUGCAAUGCUGCUGAAGAAAAUAAAAUGAUGACGUAACCGCAAGA